AUGAUAGACUUCAAUGAAGAAGAGGGUGAAACCACUCCAGAAAAUGAUUAUUCUUCGAGUGAUGAAUAUCACGAGGGUGAUGAUGUUGGUUUUAAGGGCACCAAAUCUAAGAAUUAUCGUUCUGGUGAGAAGAGAUCUAAAUCCCGAGAACAGAAAGAAAAGCAUAAAAAAAUUAAACUCGAGAAAUUAAUACAUGAAGAUACUUUUUUGGAAGAAUUGAUUCAAAACUUGAAAACUACAACAGAGGAGAGUAUUGUACGAGAAAAAUUAAAUCAAGAAAUAGACAUACUUGGUAACGCGGAAGGUUCAUCAACGCAAAUCGACCUCAAGUUUAAAAGAACACUUUUUGCUUUGAAUGUUGAUUACUCGUGCACUACGUCAUUUGCCCUUUUUGAGGCAAAUAGAGAGAAUGGUAUAGAGCUUCUAAAGCAAUAUGCACAUGAUCCAAGUACGGAAAAUCUUGAAAGGGUGUUAAGCUUUUAUUCCUUGAACAAGGACACACAUGCAUACAUCACACGAGCGCUAAUUCCACCAUCAACAAGGGUCUAUAAAGGAGCGACUGAAUUACAAUAUACGACCUCACACUUUAGCCCGCUAUUUGACCUGGCGUCAAUUUCCAAGAACCAUCUUUCAAUCAAUUCCAACAAACAGACCCCUGAACUGCUCAAUAAGAAGAUUCUAUCGAAAAAGCUACAGUCAUCAUUAUCUGCAUUUCAACUUGAUGGAAUAAUGGUGCAAAAAUAUAAUGACAAAUACUUACUUAAGAUGGUUAGAGAAGACAAAAGAGACAGAUACGACAAUCAUUUAGACCACCCUGAUUUUUUCAAAGUUGUAUUCGUGAUGAGGUUAGCUCUGUCAAGAAAUGUCAGAGAAUUGGUGAAAGAAAAACUUGAUCCAUCGAUUCAUAAUCAUCUCUACGUAAUUGGAAUGACUACUGAUUGUGCUAAGGCAAAUCUAUACUCGAUGCAAUGUCGUAUUGACAACGACAAGAGUUUAUCGUAUUCCUUAUUCUAUUUAGGAAGCUUUCAACAUAGUGACAUCGAAGACAGAGCACAGUUAGUUGAUUUUUUGCUACAUUCUUUUUUGGUUCCAGAUGCAAAAAAGGUUGAAGAGUAUUUGAAACAUACAAAACCCUCAAUCAAAGAACCAUCGACUUCAAAAAAGAAAGUGCAAUCAAAACUUAACGUUAUAACCGACGUGGAAUUUUGCUUCACUGAAAAAUGUAAUGAGAAUACAUGUUCAACUACGGAAUCCCUUUGGAGAGGAAUUUUAACAAAUACAAGUACCAACAAAAAGUGGGAGGUAUUUUGUAAGAAAUAUAAAGAGGGCAGCAACGAUAGUUUAAUGAGAAGUAUGAAAUUCCUCACAUUGUAUGUGGGAGAUUUACCAUCAGGGGAAAUAUUAACCUUAGCAGGAGAGAAAAUCAAGAAACUAGGGAGAGAAGAGAUGGUUCAACUAUUUGUGGAUUUGGUCAUUCAGAUGGUGGGACUUUUUGAGAAUAAGGUCAUUCAUAAUGACAUAAAGCCAUCGAACGUGGUUAAAUAUCAAGAUCAUUAUUUUUUGAUAGAUUAUGGGUUGGCUAUACUAUAUCGCUUCUAUGAUGCAGAUCAUGGUAUUUGUUAUUCGGACGCUGAUGAAAUUAUCAAGUCAAAAUCAGGAACUCCUACUUACGAUUCUCCAGAAAAGAAUGAGAAUGGUAUUGUUUCACCAAAGAGUGACAUAUUCGCUCUUGGACGUACUUUAUUGGAGCUGUUCGGUGAUGAAGCGGAGCAUGACAUGAAAGAACUAAUUUCUAAAAUGUUAAAAACAGAAUUAAGGGAAAGAAUGGAUGCUCACUAUUAUUUUGGAUGGUUGAACGAAAAAUAUCCUGAUGCAACUGAAAAUGCUGUCGCCUUUUUUUCAGACAGAAAUCGCUACAGAGAAGAGUUCGAAACAACGCCCAACAACUCAAUAUUUAACAAACGCAGAGCGAUGAAGAAUGAUACCAUAUGA